GUCGGUGUUUGGGAUUACAAUGCGGUUAACUGUGAAUUUUAAUGUAAUAGAUAGAUUGAGGCCACUGUGUGGGAAUUGUUGAUGAAGAUCUGUGGGUCAUGAUAACUGCCUAAGAUACAACUUGAACUUAUAAAUCAUUUCUAACAACAGUAGAAAAGAUAUGGCUGUAUAUAAAACUAAGAAACAAGAAGAUCCGUGGGUUCGAGUAUUUGAUGUCACAGAACCGACUGGUCAUGAGAAAGGUUACACCAUAUAUAAAGUUAUAUCAAAAGUUUUUCCAAAGAAUUCUUUUGAAAGUGUCUCUCAGAUAAUUGUGUGGAAACGAUAUAAUGAUUUCAAAGUACUGCAUAAAGCUCUUUUAACCAUUCACCGCAACCUUCAUUUAAAGGGAAAAUUUCCUCCAUUUGCCAAGUCCACAUUUUUUGGACGCUUUGAAGGAGAAAUCAUUGAAGAACGAAGGAAGAGUGCAUUGGCACUUUUAGAGUUUGCUGCUCAGUAUCCUCCAUUAUUCACAAGCCAAAUUUUUGUUAAGUUUUUUGAGGGUGGUGAAAAAGUCAGGAUUCAGUCAGAGCUUAACUCAACACUAGAUCCUCCUCUCCUGCCAGCCAAGGUGACAUCUUCCACACCAUCAAAAACUUCCUGUCCUGAUAUUAGCUCUGAACCAUCAGAAAUUGACACUCUUCUUGGAGGAAUCUGGCAACAUAGAAAGGCUAUUGAUGAUAUUAGUCUAAGUUCACAUCCUACUGAAGAUGAACUGGGUGAAGAAGAAGAUGAUGAUGACAGAACUACUUUUACCGAUGGAAGUUCAACACUAAGCACUCCUCUUCCAAGUUCUGAACUUGCCUUUUUUGAUCCUUUACCUGAAGUUCAUAUCACUGAAGAACACACAGAAGUAAGCAAUACCUGGCUUCUGUCAGCCAUCGAAGCUUGUUCUCGUCUGGAUCAUUCUAUUUCAGAAGAUCACGGUUCUCCCGACCCCAACUCUUUUUCAUUUCCUAGACCAUUUGAUGAUGGUGAAGAGGUAGAAAGCUCCUCAGUAACAGACAUAGACGUCAUUCCAAUAAAAAGUCAGAAGGAAGACAAUAAUAUUUCAAGCUCUGACUUCCCAACUUCCCAUGCAGUCCCAUCGUGGAAAGAGUUUGAUCCUCUAACUACUAAUGUUACUUCAUCAGAGUUUGAAGCUGAUUCCCAGCUUAAAGUUACCAGUCCUGUAGAACCACCCACCUUGACUCCUCUUUCACCUAUUGCCUCUAAUCUGGACUUUAUCGACAGAAACAACUCCAAGUACUUAACUAAUGCAGCAGAAGAAAUAAGUUGUGCCCAGCAGUGUGAAGCUGUAGGAGAUUUUACACAUGCCUUUGCUUUCUACAAAACAGCAAUAGCUACACUACUGGAAGGAGUUCAAGCCGACAAGAACACGGAAAGAAGAGAUGCGGUCAGAAGAAAAAUCAACCAAUAUUUGGUGAGAGCUGAAGAAAUCUAUAAUAAAUACCUAGCUGAAAAAGUACAGGAUCACAAGAGGUGGGCAGUGGACAGUCGACUCUCACCUGCAACUGUCCUCAACACCACCAUAAACUCCUUGAGGGCUCCAUUCCAUGAACUUAGUAAAUAUAAAGUGCUCGGAGCCAUAAGGAAAGUACUUCUAGUUCUUGACACAACAAACAACUCAACGUAUGUGAUAAAGACCUUAUAUAAGAGCCCUACCCCUACUGCUAGUCAAUUCCCUAACAUUGUGCCCCAGGAAGUCCCAUACAUGGUGGAACUGUACAAAGUUUAUGAGACAGACUAUGCCUUGUUUCUUGUGCUUCAGUAUGCUACUGGGGGAAGCUUGUGGGAUUACAUCUGUUCUUACAUACAGAGAAGUCCCUUGUCUCCAUGCUUUGAUUGUGUAGACAGAGAUUUCACUGGAGAUGAGGAACUGAAGCAUUCAUCUGCCUGUAAAAGUUUGGUGGAGAAUGUCUACUCUGGACGAAAACUGGCUAACGUUCUGGAAGUGGAGUGCUCAACUCCUGCAGUUGCUACCAAAUCUGGGUCUUCUGAUGAUGCCGACCUUCAGGCUUCACCAGAGUGUCCUCCUAGUUAUGUUGCUCUCUUCACUAAGUAUGCAGCUUCGUCAGCACCACGUGUUAGCCUUGCAAAAUGUAACUUGAUUGUAAGUGACGUUGGAGAUGAGACGGAUGACGAUGUUCCACCUGAAGAUAUUGCUCUAAUCUAUGAAAACUCGUCUGUCCGGGAACGUUCGGUGCAUGAUAGCUCAUCACAAGAUACUUUACAAAACUCCAGUGAGCUCUGUAACUUGCAGAGAAGUAGUAAUGAUAAUGUGCUUGAACAGCUAAUUCACAAGUCAAAGUCAUUGUUACAAAGUGUUGACACAACAAUUCAAGCUAGUGCUCAUGGUCCAGGUGUUGAUCCUCUAACACCAACUAGAAACACCCAACAACACCAAGAUAUAAACAGUGUUCAUUGUGAUAUUAUUGAAAGUGUUGAACAGACAGAAGAGGAUUUUGUUUCUGCAAGACAUCAUACCAGUGGAUCUAAUGGCAUAUCAAGUUGUGUGGAUGAGAAACCAGCAGAAGUAGAAAAAAUAGAAAAAACAGAUCUACAUAUCACAUUUAGUCAGAAGUCCCAUCAUUCGCCAGCCUCUGACCAUCAUUUACGCCGAGGGCGACCCAGAAGGUCCUCUUCGACUGGCAGUCUGGAGCUCACUCUCUCCCAGCGUGUGAGACAUUUUUCAGAUGUUUUUCAAGAACUAGAUGCAGCAGUGACUCAAGCAGCAUUAGAUCCCCCUCAUCUUCCUGAAUCCUGUGUUCGACAGUGGAUAGCCGAACUUGUGUCUGUUGUGGCGGAAUUGCAUAAGUUAGGGAUGGUCUGUCAGGACCUUCACCCAGACAAUAUAUUACUUGGAGAACGAGGCCAUAUCUUGUUAACUUACCAGUGCCAGUGGAAUCGAGUGGACAAACCUGUAAAUAAACAUGCUUGUGAUAAACUGUAUGCUGCACCAGAGGUGGGAAGUAUCUUUGAGGUUACCUCAGCUUGUGAUUGGUGGAGUGUGGGGGCCUUAUUGUUUGAAAUGCUUACUGGUCGGGCUCUGUAUUCUUGUCAAUCUGGUGGUAUCACCUCUCACACCACUAUAAACAUUCCUAGUCAUGUGUCUGUAGAAGCCCAAGAUUUGCUAAGAAAGUUGCUCAAGUACAGUCCCUCUGAAAGACUUGGGGCUGGACCUCAUGGAUUAGAUGACAUUAAAUCUCAUCCAUUUUUUGCCAAGAUCAACUGGAGCUCUAUGGAAACAUGACAUAUCUUCCUGACAUCUGCAUAUUUUUAUAUAUACAUAUAUCUUAAAGAAUUAGACAACAACAGGAUGGGAAAGAUCAUGAAAUGCACCUUAUCUACUUAGAGAAAAAAAAAAUUACUAUGUUGCCUUGUACAAUUCAUCAUUUAGUGAUCUAAAAUGUCACAUGUUUACAAAAAAUUUACUUUAUUUGACCAACAUAUGUUAGUUACAUUAUUAGGAUUUUAAUUAUUUUUUUCAUUUACAUAUUGUACAAGUUUUAUAUUAUUGUUAUAAAUACCAGCAAAAUAAGAAGCUUAAUCAAAACUUUGAGCAAUUUGUAAAUUUAAUAUAUAAAAUAUGUUAGUUAACAGCUUAGUGGCAAAUUCUUAUUUUUUUUUAUCUUAAGUAAAAUUUUGACAUUAACUUUCUGACUUUUUGAUAUACGACUAUAACUUUGAAAAGGUCCAUAUGUAUAUUCUAGAUAUUUAGUGUUCUAUUUUAGAUUAUUACUCUUCAGAUCGGUUUUAUUUUCAACAAGGUUGUUUUUUUAUUGAAAUGACAGAAGCAUCAUAAGAUAAAGCUAAGACAAAUGAAGAUUUACAUAUGACCUAAAUGCCUCCUUACAGAGACUAUCGUUCCAUGUUUGUAAAAAGGUGAAAAAUAUAUUUUGCAAAAAAAAAAGAAUA